UUCUCACUAGCUCACUCGAUCUCUCACUGUUUCUCUCCACCCUCCCAGGGGGAUUUUAAAAAUGCAGUAUUUGAAUUUUGUGAGUGGUAAAGCCUCUGCCCUAGGACCCAUUUGACAAAUGAGAAGCCGUGCAGCAUCAACACCAGCCGACUGAGCUUCAGUGAGUCAAUCUGUGUGCUAGUCAGCAAGCUCCUGUUGGGGAAACGCCGAGCUCCCUCUCUUCACCGUCAUUGAGGAAGUUACGCUGGCUCCUUAUUAAGCUGCAAGGCUUUGGUUAAAUCCCUUGUUUUUGUAUCCUAUUCACUUUAAGCGGUUUCACUUUUAAUUUGCCUAGUUGCCUUAGCUGAUAAAUGAACGUGCAUUUUCAGCAGUAGGAAAGCUAAGGGGGAAGAAGGACUUUUCAACUAUAAGAAUAACCACAGCUAAAAGACGAUUUAAAACCUGCUGACAAGACAGGACAAACGUGCUUGCAUGCUAGCCCCUUCACUUGUUCUACGUCGACUCCAGAGCAACACCAUGCAGCAUCCUCUGACGGGUGCAACCUGCGUGGCACUGCCGAAUGUGGGCAUGUGUCCACAGCUCUCUUGUGCCUUGACUUUUAUGUACUUGCAGCAGGGUAAUCAGGAAGCUACAGCACCUCCCGACACAAUGGCGCAACCCUAUGCCUCUGCUCAGUUUGCCCCAACCCAAAAUGGUAUUCCAGCAGAAUAUACUCCACAUCCCCACCCGGCUCCAGACUAUACAGGACAGUCCACAGUUCCAGAGCACACAUUAAGUAUGUACCCUCCGGUGCAGACACACUCUGAACAGAGUAUCACGGAUACAAAUGCACAAACUGUCUCUGGCACAGCUACAGUAAGUUAA